AUGGGAAAACUAAUCGGAAGGUCACUAUCAACUUUAGCAUCAUCAUCAUCCUUUUCAGAUAUUCACAACACGAUCAAUCAAUUGGUUCUGAAGGGACAAUAUGAUCAAGCGCUUGAACUUUACAGUGCAAAAGUUCACUGCUUUUCCAACUCCCAUGCAAAUACCACCUUCCUUCUUCCUUCAAUCAUCAAGGCUUGUGCUCAUUUGAAAACCCAUCAAUUCUUCGGCUGUCAGCUUCACUGCUAUGUACUUAAAAAUGGGUAUUCUUCAGAAUCCACAAUAUCCAAUUCUCUUAUAUCAAUGUAUGCAAAAUUCUCUGAUACAAAAUCUGCAUACCAACUGUUUGAUACAAUGCCGAAGAGAGAUACCAUCUCCUGCAAUUCCAUGAUAAAUUGCUAUUAUCAAAAUGGGUAUUUAUUUCAGUCAUUGGAGUUGUUUAAGGAUAUGUAUGUACAGGGUUUUACGCCAAAGCCUGAGUUAAUGGCUUGCAUUUUAUCUGCAUGUGUUGAGACCAAGAAUUUGAAACUAGGAAGAGCUAUCCAUGCUCUUACAAUAGUUGAUGAAAGAAUAGAAAAUUCAAUUUUCUUUCUAACUGCAUUGGUAGACUUCCAUUGGAAAUGUCGUGAGCCUGAUUCGGCUUACCAUGUUUUUCAGAGAAUGGAAGUGAGAAACGAGGUAUCAUGGACUGCAAUGAUAUCUGGAUGCAUAGCUGAGGAGUUGUAUGCCAAAGCACUUGAAUUAUUUCGCACAAUGCAGGUGGAAGAUAUUAAACCAAAUAGAGUUACAUUGACUAGUAUAUUACCAGUUUGUGCUGAGUUGGGUGCAGUAAAGUAUGGAAAAGAGAUUCAUGGAUAUGCAUUUCGCCAUGGAUUUGACUCGGAUUCUCAAUUUUCAUCUGCUAUUGUACACAUGUAUUCUCAAUGUGGGGAAACAUUGUGGGGUAUAAAGAAAAUAUUCAACGGUUCAACUAAAAAAGAUGUGGUAUUGUGGACUGCUAUCAUAACAAGCUAUUCUCGAAAUAAAUCUAGAUGUCGAGAAGCUAUAGAGCUUUUCAAUGAGAUGCAGCUGAGUGGAAUUCGACCAAAUGAUGUUACUUUAUUGGCGGUAAUCUCUGCUUGUACUAAUCUGUUAUCAGUAUCUCAUGGCCGAGGAAUGCAUGGCUAUGUUUUUAGAAGUGGUCUUAAUUCACGGUUGUUCAUUGGUAACUCCUUCAUAAAUAUGUACUCAAAAUGUGGUUUUCUUAUGGACUCUGCUCAAGUUUUCCAAGAGAUGGCUAUAAGAGAUUCUGCAUCAUGGAGUGCAUUAGUCAGUGCUUAUGGGACUCAUGGUUUUGGAGAUAAAGCCUUGGAUCUUUUUCAUGAGAUGAAAGAGAGUGGGAUAAAGAUUGAUUCCAUUGCAUUACUUACAGUUUUAUCAGCUUGUAAUCACUGUGGUCUUUUUGAGGAGGGAAAAAAGCUCUUUGAUGAAGCGUCAAAGGAUAAGAGCUUCUCAAUGACUGUGGAGCUCUAUGCUUGCUACAUUGAUCUCCUGGGAAGGGCAGGUAAGCUAGAAGAUGCUAGUGAAGUCAUUAGCAGAAUGCCUAUGAAACCUAGCAACAGAAUUUGGAGUUCACUGAUUGCGUCUUGUAAAUUACAUGGAAGACUGGAAGUUGCAGAACAUUUGGCUCACAGACUCACCAACUCUGAACCCGGAAAUGCUGCUAAUUUUGCUUUAUUAAGCUUGGUAUAUGCUGAAUCUGAAAACUGGCCUGGAGUGGAAGAUGUAAGCUCCGUCCCAUCAUGCAAUGCACUUGAUUCUGAAGAAGAAUCUGAGAGCAAGAAGCCAUUUUACUAUAGGUCAAAUGGCUCUCCUUAUACCAAAUCUAGAGUGAGUUUUGACAAAAACACUUCAGAUGCCUCCCCUACUGGUUCCACAAGAGAAGUGCAGGAAGGGAUAGAUACGAGGGUCAGCUCACAAGUUCGACCCGUGGAAGCAACCACUAAUGCUUGUAUCAUGGAUGUAAGAGCUGUUGAAGUUUCUGUUUAUGCAUAUGUUAAGCAGACAAUAUGUGCUCAAUUUUAG